AUGGGGAUAUCCAAGGCGACGGGCAUUGCUGCAACGGCUUUUCUCGUCACAUCUGUUAAUCUGUGCCAGUUGGGCAUGAGAAUCGUUAUGCUUCCUUUCCUAGGCACAAGUAUUGUGGCUUUCGUUGUCACCUUUGCAUCCCAUGAUGCCAUCAACCUGCCGUGGAUCUUGGGGAAGAACUCAGUGGGAAGAUUUCCUCUUUGGUCAAUUGUCCUGUUUGGUCCUUUCUUGACGCUUGCUCGGACAUAUGCAAUGGUUAAGAGAUACAUGAGGAAGGAGUCCGUGUAUGACAAGAUCGUGGAAGGCCUAUAUCUGGGAGGAUGGCCGUUUCUUUUGAAACAUUUACCCCCUGGAAGCCCAUCUAUCAUAGAUUGCACUUGUCAUGGAAGAAGUGCUUGUGUUGUGUGUGCAAUUCUAGUAGCACUGGGCAUUGCUGAGAACUGGAAAGAUGCUGAGAACAUCAUCCGUGAAAGAAGAAAGAUAAAAAUGAACGCCCUUCACAAAAAAACCUUGGAAGAGUGGUCCAAACAACGAGUUUCUCAGAAAAAGGAUAAGUAG